GGACUGCAGUGAGUGUCUCUGCGCUGAAGGCAAGCAGGGUGCGCCUGGGGCGGAGUCCUGAGUCCUGCCCCGAUCUUUUCCGUCAGUUUUGGACCAGAAGUGGGAAGCGAGGUGAGGCGAUCCAGGCUGCAGAGGACCGAACUGAACUUUGCAGAAUUUGGAAUGUACGGGGUGAGGUUGCUGAGGACUUGACUCGCCUCCGGCCUCUGUCCCCGUCACCAUCCAGUGGGCUCCCGCCUCCUGCUCUCAGACCCAAAUCUGUUUGCUCGCUCCCACUGCCUGCAGCUCCGGGGACAGAUUCUGAAGCUGGCUCUCUUUUAACUGGGUUGCAAGCCUGAGCCUGAUUCUUGCGCGCGGGCAACCGAGCUGAACGACAGACUAGUGUCAUGACGGAAGGGCAAGCAGUCCCGGGAGUCGGGGACUGGGAGAUCGACGUGGAGAGCCUAGACCUGGAGGAAGAUAGCUGUGGGACUCCGUUGCGGGCCACGCCGCCGCCGCAGGAGCCCAGUCCGGCGGCCGAUGGGGAGGAGGAUGAGGACGAAGAAGAGGAGGAUGAAGAUGCGGAGGACGACGGCGACGCCGAGGAGCCCGCCGCGUCCCCGGAGGUGCCAGGCCGGCCAGAGCAGCCCGGGGGACUGGCACCCAGGCCACCGCCUGCUGCUCAGGCGCUGCCAGCCGCCGCCUCCGCCUCCGAGCGUGGUGCCACUGCUGGUGGCAGCGCAGAGCCGCGCAAACUGAGCCGCACGCCCAAGUGCGCACGCUGCCGCAACCACGGCGUGGUGUCCUGUCUCAAGGGCCACAAGCGAUUCUGUCGCUGGCGGGACUGCCAGUGCGCCAACUGCCUGCUGGUGGUGGAGCGCCAGCGUGUCAUGGCCGCCCAGGUGGCGCUCCGGAGGCAGCAGGCCACAGAGGACAAGAAGGGGCUUUCUGGGAAACAGAACAAUUUUGAUCGGAAAGCGGUGUACCAGAGGCAAGUCAGGGCCCCAAGUUUGCUGGCUAAAAGCAUUUUAGAAGGCUAUCGCCCAAUGACGGCAGAAACUUACCUAGGAGGGACCCUUCCUCUACCCCCGCCUGUCAGUGACAGGAUGAGGAAGAGAAGAGCCUUUGCUGACAAGGAGUUGGAGAACAUUAUGCUGGAGAGAGAGUAUAAAGAAAGGGAGAUGUUAGAAACCUCUCAAGCUGCUGCCUUGUUCCUGCCCAACCGUAUGGUAGGACCAGAGUAUAGUUCCUACAAAGGGACCUACAGUCCCCCUGCAGGAGAGCUACCAAGCAAGGACUUCUGUAAUUUUUUACCUACCUGUCUUGAUCUCACCAUGCAGUAUUCGGGGGCUGGGAAUAUGGAACUGAUUUCUUCUAACGUCAGCGUGGCCACAACUUACAGACAAUAUCCCCUGUCCUCACGGUUUUUAGUUUGGCCCAAGUGCGGUCCCAUUAGUGACACGCUUCUCUACCAGCAAUGCCUGUUAAAUGCUACCACUUCUGUCCAAGCCCUGAAGCCUGGGGCCGGCUGGGACCUGAAAGCAACCCGAGUUCAGGAUGGGCUUAGCGCAGAGCAAGACAUGAUGCCACCCAAACUGGAAGGCUCUCUGGUGUUGCCCCGUCUGCCCGAGGUCCCAGCCUCCAGAACGGACCUCCAGGCUCAUCAGGUUGUUCCGGAGACAUCUGCCUUCUCCCCACCCGGUCGGAAUUUCUCUGCCAUUGUUGAUAUGGACUGCCUGGCAGCUCAAGGGCAUGUCUUAACCAAGCUCAGCAAAGAAAACACUAGACCUUCUCUGCCACUUAAACCUAAUCCAUUCCACUCAGUAUUCCCGCAGACGUUCAGCGACAAAUCAGGCCCUGAGUCGAAAGCACCAUUUGUCAAAGAAGCCUUUGAAGAGACCCCAAAGAAACACAGAGAGUGUUUGGUCAAGGAGAGCCAGAAGUACACAUUUACAAUAGACAGAUGCGCAAAAGACCUCUUCGUAGCCAAACAAGUUGGAACGAAACUUUCGGCGAAUGAGCCGCUGUCGUUUUCUGUCGAAUCUAUUCUUAAGAGGCCUUCAUCUGCCAUCACUCACGUCUCUCAGUAAAGGGCUGCUUACAAGGGAAGCUGGAUUUUCUUCAGUCUCAGAGAGUUCUUGGCAGUUGCUUUUUUCUUUUUUUUUAAAGUUAAGAUGUAUGUAUAAAGAAAUUUCUAAUGUAAAUGACUGAUUCUUAAAAUCCUACGUAUUUCCUCUGCAUGUAUCUUUUCUUAUCACACGAGUAUAUUUAAAGAUAGAAACUACUUACUGUGCAAAUUGUAAGGGUCUGUGCUUUACACAGCAUUCCAAAGAGCAAUAAAAAUAACACCGUCUUCUAAA